CAAAAGUGACUUGCCAACUUCUCGAGCGGGCCAAGCCGCGUUUAUUUAUUUAUUUCAUACUCAUUUUGUUGCGUCUUUGACCUAAUUAAAAAUAUCAAUCGGCACCACGUAACGCUUCCGUGUCCGUUAUUUUAAUGUAAUACAAUUUCUCUAAAAUGGCAGCAGUCGCGUUAAAAGUUAAAAGUAAAAACGGCCAGCAAAUCCUAAAGGACUUGACCUCUGAUAGUACUGUUGGUGAAUUGAAGGUGUUUUUGUCUAGUAUUGCUGAAAUAAGCGCUGAUAGAAUAUGUGUCUUGUGUGGUUACCCCCCGAAGCCAUUGGAUACUAGUGACGAUUCUAAAAAGCUAAAUGAAAUAGGUUUGAAAACAGGUGAAACAUUGAUAGUGGAAGAAAAGUCUGUGCAGACACCUAGUAAACCUAUGCCUUUGAAACCAGUGCAAAAUGGGGUGUCCCAUGAGCCAACAGGGCCUAGCAGACCCGGCAUUUUGAUGAAGAAGGUUGUGCCUUCAGAUAAUUCUUGCCUUUUCACUAGUAUAGGUUUUGUAUUAAAUGGCCAAGUAGACACAACUGUGCACACUCUGAUGCGACAGAUCAUCGCAAUGGAGGUAGCGAGCGACCAUGACACAUACAGCGAGGCUAUGCUGGGAAAGCCUAAUGCGGAGUACUGUACGUGGAUACAGCAGCCUAGCUCUUGGGGUGGCGCUAUUGAGGUGGCGAUUCUCUCCCGCUUCUACGGCAUAGAGAUGGCAGUGGUCGACACUCUAAACGCGAUCAUCAACCGUUUUGGGGAGGACAAGAACUACGGGAACCGGGUGUUCCUACUGUUUGAUGGGGUGCACUAUGAUCCUCUGUAUUUGGAGCAGAAUGAUGGCGGUAUCCAAACCAUGUUCCCAACCGAAGACAUGGAAACCUACCGCGAGGCCGAACAAAUCGCUCACGAGGCCAAGUCCUCCCGCCAGUUCACCGAUCUCAACAAGUUCACACUCAAGUGCAUGAUCUGCGACAAACUUCUCACCGGUCAGGUGGAGGCACAGAGGCACGCUAAGGAGACCAAGCAUGCCAACUUCGGGGAGGUCUAGCGGGUGAUGUCUGUGGUUCCCGGGUACUAAUUUGAGGAGUUCUACGACCGUCAAAUAGAAGUUUAUGGAGGUUAUGAGACACAUUUAUAAGUAAAGCAAGAGUACUUCUAGUUUGUACUGAAAAAAAAUUUAUAGAUUAAUUGAAUCCUGUUUUACGGUAAUUCUCAAUCGUCUAGUCCAUACUCUAAUUGCCGCGACGCUUCUAUUUUUAGUGGAAUUUUAUAAAUUAGAACUGAAAUUUCACUGAAAACAUUUGAGUCGCGGUAAUUAGAAUUCGCAUUUACGUCUUGAGAAUGACCGUUUAACACUCAAGGUGGAAAUUUUACUACUUACCAUAAUUGCCUUCAGGUUUCGAAUCAUCAGUGCUACAACGGAACAUACAUACGUAAACACAAACUAGAAGUAAUUCUGCAAUUUUUCGCGUAACAUUGGAAUUUAAACAUGUUAUCAAAAUUAAAUGAACGUAAAUAUCUAACCUACCAAUCCUACCAUAGAUAACUGCGCCAUUACAAAUGACUGCGUUAUCGAAUCGUCUUACAAAAUCUACUCUUACAUGAAUAUUAGAGAUAGUGGUGGUCAUGGUUAGUAACUCUCGCAGAGACGAAGGUAGGGAACCAUUGGUUUAGAUCAAUUUUAUUUUAAUGUAUAUGUACUUCUGAAAAAUGCUCCGAUACUGUUUACUUGCUUCAUAACACAAGUGACGGUUUAUGGCGAACGGCUUUGCCUUUUAUAUCGGACUAUGGAUAUUCGGUGCAUUUUUCUAAACUUUAUAGGCUAUGUACCUAAGACUUUCAUUUCUUUCUAUCCUAUCUAUUUGGAUCAUUUAGUUGGUGAUUAUUUGCAAAAACGACAUUAUUAUUCACAUCGAUCACUACGUCGCAAGAAGCCUUACAUACAUUAGCUUUAAAAUCACUAACUGCCAUAACAUACAAUAAUAUGCAUAUACUAAGAAUAUGAAAUAUGCAGUGCCUGAAGGCGAAACGCUCAAAUAAUAUAGUACUUUUUUUGUAAAUAUAUCAUGAUAGAGUUCUUUUGAAUUGUCUAUUAUUUUAACAAGUAUUUUUUUUAAACCGAGCAAUAGGUACUAUCUGCCAAUUUGAAUAUCAUUUGUGAAAUAAAAUAAUAUAAUUACGAGUAUAUGUCUCUCUUUGAUAAAUUGGUUUGUAUGUGCUUAAAAGCCACAUUUUUUUGUGUAAAAUAUUUCAAAAAUUACGCUCCAACAGUUUAGGACGGCAUUUUUGUUGCUUUAGCACAAGGCGUGAGAUUAUCAUUCACAUUCAAAAUUGCAUGGAUUACUUGUAAAAUUAAUUAGUUUUCGCUCUUCGGUCGGUAAGUAUUUAUUCUUUAAUUUAUAAUUUUGGCUUUUAUUAAGAAUAUAAUUGUUACAUGAUUUUAUUUUACUGUGUCUACAUACUGUAUUGUUAUUUUAUCCGGAUUUUAAAAAUGAACUAUUAUUAUUUUAACACACGGAUAUUUAGUUUAAUUAUUUAUUCAUGUUUAGUUGUAGUUUUAACUUCAUAAAGAUUCUGGAACGAAACUGGUUCAAUGUGGCAACUGUGACACAAAUAGCUUAAUAAAUAUUACCUCUUAA